AUGUCUAUGGAAGAGGGGCAAAGGUCUGUGGUUAGGUCUAGUGAGUUGGAGACGAGUUUAUUAUCUAGUGAUAAACCUGUGGAGAUGGAGAUAGACACUACCGCUUCGAAACCUUCGUCCUUCAAACCCUCUUCUUCCAAACCCUCAUCUUCUAAAAAGCCUAGGUCCUUCGAUGCUCUUAAUGAACCGUGUGGUUUGGACGAAGAUACGCUAUUUAGAUUCAGGGAUAGAGUCUGGGAGUGGCACAAGCAUGUGGUGUUUUACGAUGACGAAAAUGGGUACAUGCAAGAGUAUGUGUAUGGGAAUUACUUCAAGAGAAUGAUGAUGAUGAGGAAGGUUUUUGGGGACGAAAACAAUGAAGAAGGUGAAAGCCAUGAGGAAGGGAAUUCGGGUUAA